GUUGAACUAAACCUUUCACACAUAUUCAACCACCAUACCUUCCACCCCAACCACCACCUCACUCCCUCUUUAUUACAAACCCCCCAAAAACAAACUCAUGGCCUCCACAGACUUCACUUUCCCCGCCACCGCCGAUUCCUCCCCCGACUCCCCGCCUCUGUGGCGUCGCUCCGCCACCGCCCCUCGCCUUGAGGGGGGCGAAGAAGAGGGGUUCAACUUGCCGUCGUUUCAAGCGUUCAGAUUUUCAAAAGGCUCUAAGGAGAGAGAUGAAGAAGAAGAUGGAGAAGAGAAGAUGGACAUGUUGUGGGAGGAUUUGAAUGAAGACCGCUUUGUGAAAAAUGGGCAGAAUUCGGAUACUUCGCCGCCUAGGAGAGAAGUGAGGGUGAGCUGCGUCAGAGGUUUGAGGUUGUCCAAAGCAAAUGGGCACAUAAUCUCUGGGAAGAAAACAAGUAUUCUUGUAUUCAUCAAAGCUUUGAAGAAGGUGUUUCUCAUGCAUAAUUCGCAACGUGGGAUCAACAAGAAGCUAUCUUAGUAAUUUAAUCAAUCUUUUUUUAUGAUAUUAAUUGUUCUUGCUUGGUUUGAUCUUGAUUUAGAGACUUUAUUUAUUCUUUUGGUUUUGUUGUUGGAAGAGGGAAAGAAGAAAAUGAUUAAAAAGAAUUUUAUUUUUAUUAUUUCCAUUUCUCUUUUUGUAUUUUAUUGUAUUUUUAUCUAGUGUAUAAUAUGAUUAAUUUUAUUUUAAAGAUAAAUAGCCAAUCCUACUAUUUUGUUGGGA